AUGGCACACCAGCUUAUUACCACCAGAGGAGGAGGAGGCGGCAUCGUCACGCAGAGCCUCCCCCAGGCCCCCCACCAGGAUGCCGCCCAGAUCGCGCGCAUCUGGAUGAGUGGCGUGCCGCCGCCUGCGCGAUCUGAUCAGCAGCAGCCGCAGCCGCCGCAGCGUGAGCUUGAGCUAGUCGCCCCGCCGUGGAAGCAGGAAGAAGACGGCGCCGAAGAACCGGUGAAGAAGGCGCACCCGGGAGGCCCCACAUCUGCAGGGUUGGAUCGCCGCCCUGCCGCCGCUGAUCAAACACAGCCGCCCUGUGCGGCGGCGCAGGCGCAGGCACAGGCGCAGGCACAGGCGGCCGACGGCAGGAACAACAAUCACGACGGCGGCGAUGACGACGGAUCCGCCGUCUGCGCCGCCGAUCCCAAUGAGCAGCAGCUGCAGCAGCGCUACUCGCAGCUGCAGAGCCCGCUCUUCGGCCAGCUGCCCGCCGAGCUGCGGCUGCAGGUGUGGCGGCACGCGCUCACGCCCGCCGCCGACAUCGACCGCCCCGCCGUGGCCGUCGGCCUGCUGGAGACGUGCCGGCGCGCCUACGACGAGACCAAGCUGCUGGUGUACGAGCUGAACCAGAUACGCGCGCACCUGCUGCAGUCGCCGCUGCCUCCCAGCAGCAGCAGCACCGCCAACACCAAAACCCGCUGUACCACAUCCUCGUCCCCCUCCCACUGGACCCGCCUCCUCUCCCCGCAGCAGCAGCGCCGCACCCACCUGAACCUGUACGUGCAGCCGGGCGCGUCCAGCGCCUGGGGCUGGAACCUGCUGCGGUGGACCAAGCUGGCGGGCUUCGCGCCGGCGACGCUGCAGCUGACGGUGUGGUUCGCGUCGGGCGCCAACUGGUGGCGGCACCACGUCGACGACAUGGUCAAGAGCGUGCGCGCGAUGCGGGGCCUGCGCCGGUGCGUCUUCGAGGUGCGCGUCGAGCUGGCGCGCUUCUUCGCCGAGGGCUUCGAGGAGCGAUUGAGGGAGCUGAGGGCGAGAAGGAUCGUGUUGGCGGACGGGAGCGUGUUGGUGAGCGGCGGUCGUGGUGGUGGUGGUGAGGGGGGAGGGGAUGACGCGGCGCCGUUGGAGUAUCGGGAGGGGAGUCGGGUCAUGAUGGAUAAUGUGUUUGGGAGGCCGGCGAGCUUGAGGGAGGAGGAGCAGCCGAGGUGGGUGCCGUGUCGGGAUCCGAAGAAGGGUGCGGAGCGCGAGAUGCUGGCUACCGUGAUUAGGUGGGAGGCGGCUUGA